AUGAGGGUGGCCCUCCUGUUUUCCCUGAGCCUGCUAUUCCUCGCAGCGCAUGAUGUUCUGUGCAGCAAAAAAAAAGGAAAGCUACUUGGAAGUUGUCCAAAGGAUAGCAACGUAGUGGAGCAUUUCUCCUUUUUAGCCGAGGAUGCUUACAAAACCUUGUUGCAAGAGGUGGACAAUGAUUUAGUAAAUAAAAUAAAAAACAAGGAAAUAGUAACCAAGGAAAAUAUAGCGUCUACCUUAAAACUACUAGAUAAUAAAUAUAAAGAAAUUGAUGAUGGAGCUAAGAAACGGGUAAUAGCAAAUGUCAUUAUUGAUAUUAGGCAAGCUCUUCAUAAUAUAUUACCCAUAGUGGAAAAUAACAACCAAGAUGUGGAGAACAAAAAAGAGCUAAACAGAAGCAACUUUUUGCUUAAACUAGAAAACACAUACAUCAAGAGAGACUUGGCUAAUUUUAAAAAAAUUACGGAAGGCAUAUCCAUAAGAAAAUCCUACUUGGAUAAAAAAUUUAAAAUGUGUGGCAUAUCGAGCGAACAGUUUUUAUUUGGAGCCCCAGGAAACAUUAACCUAUCAGAUAGUAGCAUAAAAGAAAUAGAUUACCCUCUAUUCAUUAACAUUGUAAAUAAGGAUUCAUGUCAAGAUGACUUUUCUUCAAGUAGCAGCUCCUUCCAAUCGAUUCAGCUGAACAAGUUUCUCGAUCUGUACAAGCCCGUUCUUGACUUCAAUAUGGAGUUGCUAGAUAUUGCACUAAAGCAUGAAAUGAAGGCAUAUGAAGACUCAAAGAAGGAGAUGUUUUUCCUCAUUCGAGAUCAUUAUAGAAAUUAUGGAGAAGUAAAGAAAUUCCUGUUGAAUAUCCCAAUGAGCAAGCUUCCUGAUUCUAAGCCCAAUGAUGAAAUGAAAAAAGAAAUCACGGAAUAUAACAGGAUCUUUACUUACUCUGGGGGAAUUUCCGAGGGGAGGAACAAAACGGGUGAUAGGAUCAUCCUUGGUAGACAUGCUAAGGAACCUGUGUAUAUUCAACCCAAGAGAUUUAAAAGGACUAUAAAAAUUCCCGUGAAGAAGAAAAAAAAUUUUAUAAAUGAUAAAACCUCAAUUCAGGUCAAAUCGCCUGUCAAAGUUGGCCAACUGUUCCUUAAGAAGAAAGAAAACCUUGACCAAGAAAAAAAGAAUAUAUGCGAGUAUCAUAUAUUUUUAAACAAGGGUCAAGAAAAGGAGGACGAGGUAGAAGCCGACGCUGUUGCAGAUUUGGAUAGGGGCAGUGUGCCAAUGGAACAUAUAACAGUGUCCAGCCCACACAGAAGCGGUAGCAAUGUUUUAAAAAGAAUAACAAUUAGAAAAUUUGGUCAUAAAGAUUCCAAGGGGGCAGACAUAGCAAGAAAUCAUCCACUACCUUUAGAACAUGGAGGACAGACUGCAAUACCCUGUCCAGAAUGCUCCAAGCACAUUAGCGACGGCUGCUUUUAUGCCAUCCCGCUAAUUCACUUCAACUACCCAUCAGGUAGUAUGUACUGUAUACCUUGCUCAAACUAUGACAAAGGUACAUAUGAAAAGUGUGAUUCAAGGGAUAAAUUUAUCAACCUCAAUUAUGGAAACAACUGCGUUGUAUGUAUCCCCGCUAGUACACUUAACACUUGCAUGUGCAAUGUGAAUAGUAAGAACAGCUCACCUCAAGAAAUUCUGGUGAAGCAUCCGGAGGCCAUUUUGCAUCACCCGAAUGACCAGAAUUAUAUUUACAACAACGUAUGUGCCAAUUGUGUCCAUUCCAGUGGGGAAAACCUUAGCCUGUUUCAGAAAAGCUAUACUUGCCCGUAUUGUAAAUUAAGGAGAUCGCCCAAGGAGGAGGAUUGCAAUUUUGUGUAUGGAACUAAGGUGACAUCCUGCACGAGUCAGAAGGACGGGUUCUCAGGACAGUCUGUGUCGAAUUUUACCAUCCUGGAUGAUGAUGAAGAUGAAGAUUACGUGCGGAGAGAAGUGGCCUAUGGGACAAGAGCACACGAUGACAAGAAAAAGCAUGCUGGUGAGAAAACACAUAGUGAGACACCACAUGGGGAGAAACCACAUGGUGUGGAAGGACGAGACCAACCAAAGGACCAUCCCAGUGAAGGGGGUCAGCCAAGCCAAGGAUAUUUCAAAAAGACGUACAACAUAGAUGUGACUGCAAACGAGUACGACGAAGAAAGACAGAGGACCCCCAGUAGGGUGGUGCCCCUAAGUAGCGAUUUCUUCGAUGAAGGCAACUUAAAGGGGAGGUAUGGGGACCACGAUGAGCAUGAAGAGGAAGAAUUUGACGAAGAGGAAGAAAAAGAAGAGGAGGAAGAGGAGGUGGAAGAAGGAAAGAAGGGAAAGGAGGAAGGUGGAGAAAACGAGGGGGAAAAUGGACCAGAAGUGGGCGGAGAAGAUGAGGAUAACAGCGAGGGAGACGACGAAGAUGGAGUCAAAGGGAAGGAUAAAUCAUCGAGCAAGGAAGGAGACAAACAAAGGAACGACCCUCACAUAGGUAAGAAUAACAAUGGAACGACAGAAAAAGGCCAAGAAAAAGAUGGCGAAGCAGGUACUACGAGCGACCUAAAACGAAAGGGAAAAAAUGAUGUAACGGGUGAAAAUCUCGAAGCGGAAACAGAGGAAGAUGCCACCCCAUAUGAUAGCAUUAUUUACGAUUUAGGAGAAAUGCUAAACAAUGAGAAGCACAUUAAUUAUUUUAAGGACCUGUAUUACAGCACUGUCCAUAAUAAAGACAGUAAUGAAAACAAGAAGGAAGAAGAAAUCUUCCUCCUGAACUUGAGGUUUUUAUAUAAGACCACAUUUUUUACAAGGAAGAGGACAGUUGUAAAUGCGUUUUUGAAAACGCCUAAUUUGGACGUUGCGUACAACAAGGGGAAAAUCCUCUUUUUAUACAAAAAUUUUUUCAGCAAAAUUUUUAAAGAUGUAGAUUAUAAAAUUAAGGAAUCGCUAGUGCAGAUGACCCCGGUGGUCGAAAAUGAUGAAGAGGAUGAUGCAGAGCUAACCGGGUUCGACAUGGAUUUUGGAAAAGUCAAGGCCCAUCAUGCUGGGUCGAUAAACAUGUUUAGGCACUCCGUUUUUGACAUACACAAUAUGGCCAUUUAUUUUAUUGGGCCAGAUGAAAAUUACAUCCUGCUCGAGGACAUCAUCAGAGAGAUACACCAGGAAAGGGAGGAUGGACCCUCCGAUGGGGUUGUGAGACGCAACGAGAAGGGGGACACCCAGGAGGGGGACACGUUCCCGAGAGAGGAAGCGGUGGAGGAGGCGUCAUAUGACACGGCGGACGAGACUGGUGACGGAAACUGUCGAUCGGACGACCCAGAUCAAGCAAGGCAAGAGCAACAGCAGAAGGAAGCAGAAGGAGUGGGAACGGACAGGGAGGGAUCCGCACACGGGGAGAAGGAGAACCAUAAUGGGAGCGUGCAGAAAGGUGAAGCAGACCAACAGAAGAGCGAAGCAGACCAGGACAAAGGCAAAGCAGAUCAAGAAAAAGGGGAAGAAAAACAGGAAAAGGGCGAAGAAAAACAGGAAAAGGGCGAAGAAAAACAGGACAAGCACAAGUCAGGAAAGGCGAAGAAAAAAGUGGACAAGCUGAAAAAGGCAAAGCUGAAUCAAAAGGCGGAUAAGUUGAAGCCGAAUGCACAGGAGACGAAGCCUAUGCUGGGUGGAGAGACGGAAGGCGAAGAAACAAAAUCAACGAACAAAGCAACAGACAAAUCAACGGAUAUUACCCUCAGUGUAAAGGGAGUAGAGAGAGAAAAGGGCCAACAAGAACGCAAUGCGGAUUUCUUGAAAAUCCUAUCGAAUUAUGGAAGCCUGCUCUCCAAGGAGGAUAUGAACGUGAUCAAAGACAACUUAAGUAAUGUGGUCGUCGACAAAAGGAUAAUAAAAGGAGGAGAAGUCAUAGAAAUUAUUAUAAAAAAGAAAGAGCCCAAGGAGGAGAAGGAAGACGUGGACGACAGUAAUGAUAAGUACGAAUCCAUUUCCAUUGAUGGAGAUGAAGGAGUGGACACCAUUAACGAAACAGUGAAAAAGUACAUGGAAAAAUAUUUCUCCGUUCACAAUAUACCUAUAUACUAUAUCGAAGAUGGGAAAAUUUCAAAGAACACCAUCCAUGUCACAUCAGACGUUAACUGCAAUUUGGACAUGCUCAAGAUGAGCAUCCUAGGAAUCAGCAACAUUACAGACAAGUCGAUAGAUCAAUUUAGUUUUUUCCUUGUCCCGAAGGAAGUCGAUUUUUACGACCCAAGCAAAUUUCAGGAAAUUCCCCACUCCAUCAGGAAUGUGCAAGAUUUGUACAACUAUAGCAAAUCGAUAGAGCGAAAAAUCGUGAUUGCUUCUGUUGAUGAAAAAGACAUGGACAGUAUAAAACCCAAAAGCUUCGACUACUUGUACGAGUCGAAUAUAGACGGUGAGGAACUAGACCUCGGGGAGGAAUAUUUUGUGCAAGCGCUCGCGGCAUCAGAGGUGACCGAUGAAGCGGAAACCCAAAUUGGCUACGACAAGGCAGGCAGACUGCCCAGAGAAGACACUGCAACAGGGGCAAGGGAAAUUAUACUAAACAAGGCCAGUAAAAAUAUUGUACCGGAUGAGAAAAUCCCAUCACGAGAUUACGAAGAAAACGAAAUCGAGUACAUAAACAAAGAAAUAACCAUUUUGGAAGAUGAAGAGUUAUACAGAAAAGGAAGUUAUUACAACUUUUUUGAAAUUUACUUGGACAACCCAAAUCGAAAAGUGAACAUCUACAACGCACCAAUACAAAAAACGUAUAACUUGAAUCUAUUUGCAGUGGACCUUAUGAACAAAAUUGUUCAUGUGCCGUCCACAUUUAUAAACACCAACUCGUACAAAAAGGGUAUGUCAAUCCUGGACAUAUACACUUGCUUGGAAUACUUCUCCUUUAACAGAAAUACGAACGUUAUUAGUUCCAUCGUUUACGACAAAUCGGUUACAUUGUAUGAAAUUUUGAAGCACCUGAACGAGAAGGAUGAACAUUUGCUCAUUCGAAAUAAGAGAACUGAAGAUUGUGAAGACGUGGACAAUUUAAAAAAUGUAAAAAUUCCACAAUCUAUAAAUUUGAAGGAUUCCAAAAUUAUACAUCUGGAAAUACCAAUUUUUUAUUUGGACGAACAGUCCUACUUUUAUCAUGACAGAUUAACUCUGAUGAAUGUUCCAGAAAAUUUGACCGCAUUGGACUUGUGUAAUAUGGUGAAGAAUAUAAUUAACUCUAAAUUGAUUUCCUUCAACAUAAAUACGCUUAAGGAUUUACAAAUUUUUACCAUCCGGGAAAAGCAGUGGGAAAAUGUGGAUGACAACUUAACCAUGAGUGAGUUAAAAAUGAACCACAAUGAUUUGUACACACUUUUUAUUAAGAAAAAAUUUUUGACUAAAAAUAAUUUCCAGACUUUAGCUAAUUUGGAAAUUGAUUUAGCCGAUAGCAACAUCUAUAUAAAGAAGCUAGACAUUUACAUCAAUUAUAAUUUUAGUCCGUAUACCUUGCACAAUCUGUCACUAUACAUUGACUCCAACAAUUUCAAGCACCUGAUUCUGAGAAAUACGAAUGCGUUCAUAUCGGACUCCUUUUUGCGCGAGUUUUUCUUUGUGUAUAGCAGGAGGCACCCGGUGGGGGGUAGUUAUAAAGUGGACAGCACGGAACCGGAGAGCGCUCAUUCUGUAAACUGCCAACUGAGCAGCGGUCAAUUGGGUAAUGGACAACUGAGUAGCGGAGAAAACUCAGAAGUGUACAUCGAAGACGAGGAAGAAUCCAAAGGAGGGGGUAAAAAAAUAGCCUUCCUCUUCCUCCUCAACAUGCUCAGCAGGUUCUACAAGAUAAGAUUCAGUGCGAGCAGAAUGAUGGAGACCGUUCUGGCGUCGCUGUUAGAACUGAGUGGGAAGGACUCAAUCGAUAACCCACUCCUUGAAGUGAAAAAAUCGUCUAAGAAGACCAAAAAUUUGGAACUGUACCUAGGGAACAACUCCAAAAAGAUAUCAGUAAAGAAUGUGCCCCUCGCCUUAUUGGUGUGGAAAUUUAUCAACAUCCUGAUGAGAGGAUCCUUCAACAUCCCCGUGGAAGAAAAAGAAAAGUUGUAUAAUUUAUUUGUAAUCGUACCUAGGGAUAAGGAAAGGGUGAGGAACCACGACUACUACUUUAGUUCCAUCCCUGGGUAUACCAUAGAAGAAGUGUUAAAAAUUAUAGAAAAGGACAACCUACUGUUGAUGAAGGCAUAUCCAGAUCACCUGAACCACAUUCGGAAUAGCGAACACUUCGACUCAUAUAUGAUGUUUCCUCUUGAUUCCUUACCCUCCGUGAUCGACUUUAACAACCCUAUUGGGUCUCUAAGCUUUUACGUUAAUUACAAAAAUGAAAAAAAAAUUACACACAUUAUUAAUGUACCAGAGAAAAUAACCACAGAUAAGCUCCUCAAGUCUAUACUGCUGGAUAUGUAUUCCAAAUGGCAAAAAUUGCCAAAGGAUGAAAAGAUUAAAUUUUCGCUUUAUGUGGACAACGACGAAAUAACGGAUGUGAGAAAGUACAUCAAUUCUGGGGAGGGCGCCCAGUUGCGUACCUUCAUUUCAUUAGGCAAAAAAAAACAUGACGACAAACGUUCCAAAAAGAAUUACGUCGAUUUGGACAAAAUAUCCGAAGUAGAUAUCAUCAACUUUUCCGAUGCAGAAUUGAAAACGGCUCAGCUGUAUGACACUGUCUUGAGGGAGAUCCUAGUAAAGGACUACAUCGAUUAUAAUAAUAUCUCCGUGAGUGGAUACACCCUUUCGAUUUACGUGUAUGAUGGGGUGGCCUACAAACCGGUGGUCAUUUUUAACGUCCCCUUGAGCGCAACGAAUAAGGACAUUAUAAACUUCCUACUGAUAAAGGCCAAUCAUAUUAACACGAAAAAAUUGGUAGACGAAUUUCUGCUCCUAAACGAAGAGUCCUUUAUUUUGAUGAAGACAAAAACUAUUGUAGAGCAAAAUGUCGUAUUUAUAGGUGAGCUCACAGAACUUAUCAAUUUGGACAGAACAAAAUUGUACAUAGUCCACAAACCCCUAUUUAACCCACUAGAUGAUAUAUUCAGAAAUGUAGCAGGUAGAAAGUAUGACUUUAAAUCUGAAAAAAACACCGUGAUAAACGUAAGUGAGGAAAAAGGUACUCUCACCUUUAAUCUCAUGUUUAAUAAAAAUAAAAAAAGAGUUUUAACUGUUCUAAACAUUCCACACAAUAUGUAUAUUACAGAAUUUCUACGAUUUGCCAUUGGCUACCAACGAAAAUGGAUCUACAAAUAUGUCAACUUCUACCUCAUUAAAGGAAGCGAAAAGUACGUCUUAAAUGAUUACAAAGAUAUCAUACGGUAUGGAAGAACCAUCAGUGAAAUUUUUAAAAUGUGUAAAUCUGGAGAUCCAUGCACACUUCACAUUGAGAUUAUGGGCCAUGAUACAGCUAAUAAGUGGAAGAAGGAAAACCUGGAGAGCAGAGACAGAGGAAGUAUAGUGAUAAAGGAGUUAAGAAGAAAACUUGUGGCAGACGAAAUUGACAAUAAAAAGCUAGACCUCUCAGUUGUCUGCUUUGAGUACAACGCGGGACUUUACGAGAAACAUCUUUUUGGCGCUUCCAGAAUUUGUAACAUUCCGAAAAAUUACACCGUGGCGGAUGUACUGGCCCACGUUAAGACCAAGUUGAAAGAAGAAACGAAGGUGAAAAAUGUGGACAAUCUAGAACUUAGAAUUAUGUUUAACGAAUCUUAUAUAACCAUACCCGAGGAACUGAACAUGGAAUAUGUAAUUAAUUACUACUUUACUGAUGCACCCUCCAUCGUGGCUGUAUCGGAGAAGGAUGAAUUUCUAAACCUCGUCCAUUUAAUUCUCCACGAUACCGUUAUGGACAUAAAGAAUGACACCUUUGUGAAGAGGAGCAUACCUCUGUACAUAAAAAAAGGAAGACAUUUGCAAAACGUGAAAUUGAAAAAUAUUCCAUUCGGCAUUACGGAGGACAGUUUGAUAACGUAUCUGCUAAAUUACUUAACAAAAAAAUCAGAAGUGAUUAAAUUUAUGAAUGACAAUACGUCCGUGUGUUUAUACCCUAAUUGUGAACCUGUGUAUGUCCACUUGGAGCAGAAGCAGCUCUCCUUCGUUGCAUCUUUGUCAUACCACAUCGCCAUGAAGAAAAUCAUUUACUUGUCUACAGUCGAGUCCCAUGAAAAUUUUUACAGCCAAAUGUGCCACUUCGAAUUCAAUUUUGAAAAGUCUCAAUAUUAUAGCGAUACCAAAGCGAAUAGAAGCAUCAGUAGCAAGGCCAACAAGAAGAACAAUAACUCUGAUGUACUAAUGAACAUCGAUGUGAAUAUUCAUUUCCCAAAUGUCCACAGAACUGUUCGAGUAAAAAAUUUCAACAUGAACAUGGAAAUAGAAGAACUGUUGAGAACAAUAUUUCAAUCUAUAACUUCGAAAAGUUACAAGUGGAAUGACUUGUUCACCUUUGUUGGCAGCACUUCCAUGUAUAACGAUAAUGAGCAGGGGAAAGACAAGCAAGAGGAAAACAACCUGGAAGAUAAGAAGGGCAAAAUGACGUUUAAGGACCAACUAAACGAAGAAGGAAAAAUCACCUUCAUUUUUAAAUCGGAACAUAAUGCAAUACACGAUUAUUUAAAUUCCAGACUUAUCUACAUGCCCGCUAUGAUAAACUAUGAGACAAAAUACAUCUCUCUAAAAACGAGCAUUAGCGGUUUUCACAACAAUUCCACAACCCUGUAUGGGUUCCCAAGUUACUUAACCCCCGCAUUUACACUCACCAUAGUACAAUAUAAUUUUUUCAAACUGAUAGGGAAGACGUACUUGGAUCUCUUCGGUUGUUCCUACGAUGAUAGGUUUAAUGAGGAGGAUCUGUAUGAUCAUACACAGAUUGCGUUGAAAAAGAGCGACCCCAUUUUGAAUAAUUCCCUCAAGGGAGAAAGCAAAAAGGAGAAAAUGAGACUUAUCAUGCGGGUCAAAAGAAAAGAUGUGAAGUACAUUGACACAAUCAAAGAUUUGGCAAACUCCGAAUUAAACAUAGAAUGCCAACAGUUAGAAAAUGAGGAAGACAUGGAGGAAUGUACCGAUAUGAUAUCAGCUCUCAACACGUCGUCCAUAUUCUGGAGGAGUAGUGUUUUAGGUUUUAUGGCCAACUCGGUGGUCAUCCGAGAUAACUACAACAACACGUUGAUGCUGCCAUACAUCGACUUUAGAGUGAAUGAAAAAAUUCUUCUCCAAAAUAUUCUGUGCCAUAUUAACUUGUCGCCUUACCUUUAUAAGCUGUUCGAAUUAACCCAUAUUGAUAAAAAAGGAAUCAGUUUUAAGAAAGGGCUAAAGAAUAGCGUGCCACAUAUUCAGUGCUUGCUAUCUUAUGGGUUUAGCAUUUACUUCGAUCUGAAUCACAACAACAAGCUAGAUAAUUAUUACGGGUUUCAAAUAGGAGGAGUAGAAUCUUUCGACAUAACCCAAGUACAUUCCUUCCAAAAUUUACAUGAACAACAUUUUGUGGAGUUCUUUCUUCACAAUUCGGAUGGCACACAUGUGUUUGUGAAAAACGUAUAUAGAGAUAUGACUGUGUCCACUUUCAUCAAUGAGCUGUCCAAGGCCAGACAUCACAUCCACGGUGUGAAGUACAAUGAGGUGUCCUCCUUUUAUAAGCUCAUAUACAUCCUGGACCAAAAGGAUGUAUUCGAAAUAAAGCCAGAGGCCUCUAUCGAAGACGUGUACGACAGUGUGCUGAGGUACUCCAAGUCGUCCGAUUUUUUCCUCCAAGUGGUGAAGAAGGAUGAUCAGGGGGGUAGCGGUAGUCGGGAAAGCGAUGGUAGCCAUGAUCGUGUUAGUAGCAAUGGCAGCAGCAGCCUCGAGGAGAGCAACAUGCCCGAGAUGUACCUAAGCUGGUAUCCCUCCAUCGUUGACUUAAGCCAAAACAACUUCCAAGUCGUCAUGUACCUACAGCUAAAGCCACUGGAAAAUAACAACCUCUUCAGAGAUCCAACAGCCCCAAAAAUUAUUAUCAACAACGUCCCUUCCAGCACCUUUAUUGUUUCCAUCAAGGAGUACCUCCUCAUCUUAUUUAAGGACUAUUUUCAGCGACUAGAACUUUCUCAAAAUCUCCACACCAGAUUUUACGACUUUGAAAUAAACUUAGUAAUCGUUAGCAUGAACCCCGUCACCAAAAAGAUGCAAGAUCUGAACUCAAACAUUCUGAGCAACCUCACCGUGUCCAACUUUUACAGCAUCUACUACAACGCCGGUUUGGUUCUACAGGUAGACAAGGUCAAGAUUUUCAAGCCUAACUUUUACAACGACUUUAUUAAACACUUUUCCUCUGUCGUUAUCGACUUUUCUUACGAGGCGCUCCAGAAGAGCUGA